GAGAUUCCAACUUUGAAAAGUUGGGGGUGGUUUGUGUUGGGGAAGUCCUGUGAUUGGACUGCAGAAUCCCCUAGGGAGGAGGAAAGCAAAAAUAAAAAGGAAAUAGCUAGAGGAAGGGAAUGGCAGGGAAGCCAUCUUCACCCCCAGCCCAGCGCACACACAGUUAAACCUGGAAGCAGCGUGCAAUCACUAGCCUGGGGAGGGUCCCCAUGUGUCAAGAGUGAGGGCAACAGAUGCUGGACCCAGGGAGCUCUCUGCCACAAGUCAGUCUGCAAGGCCUCAGGGACCAACUUACCAACAGCUGGACUUGAUCACCAGCUGGCAAACUAAGUACAUGUAUCGGGUGGAAUAACAAGCGGACUUUGCUGUCUGCUGUGCAAAACGCUGUUUUUAGAGGAUUUGUCACAGCAGCAGAGAGAAAGCAGGAGACCACCACCGGAACCCUCAAGACUUCUUUGAGAAGAGCCACCGUGUAAGAGCUUGCCCUGCUUGGUGUUUUGCAGGAUGAUGGUGGCCCUUCGGGGAGCUUCUGCGUUGCUGGUUCUGUUCCUCGAAGCUUUUCUGCCCCCGCCGCAGUGUGCCCAGGACCCAGCCAUGGUGCAUUACAUCUACCAGCGCUUUCAAGUCUUGGAGCAAGGGCUGGAAAAAUGUACCCAAGCAACGAGGGCAUACAUUCAAGAAUUCCAAGAGUUCUCAAAAAAUAUAUCUGUCAUGCUGGGAAGAUGUCAGACUCACACAAACGAGUACAAGAGUGCAGUGAGUAACUUGGCACUGAGAGUUGAACGUGCCCAACGGGAGAUUGACUACAUACAAUACCUUCGAGAGGCUGACGAGUGCAUAGAAUCAGAGGACAAGACACUGGCAGAAAAGUUGCUUCAAGAAGCUGAAGAAGAGAGAAAGAUCCGGACUCUGCUGAAUGCAAGCUGUGACAACAUGCUGAUGGGCAUAAAGUCUCUGAAAAUAGUGAAGAAGAUGAUGGACACACACGGCUCUUGGAUGAAAGAUGCUGUCAAUAACUCUCCAAAGGUGUACUUGUUAAUUGGAUCCAGAAACAACACUGUUUGGGAAUUUGCAAACAUACGGGCAUUCACGGAGGAUAACACCAAGCCAGCUCCUCGGAAGCUAAUCCUAACACUUUCCUGGCAGGGAACAGGCCAAGUGAUAUAUAAAGGUUUUCUAUUUUUUCACAAUCAAGCAACUUCUAAUGAGAUAAUCAAAUAUAACCUGCAGAAGAGGACUGUAGAAGAUCGAAUGCUGCUCCCAGGAGGGGUAGGCCGAGCACUGGUUUACCAGCACUCCCCCUCAACUUACAUUGACCUGGCUGUGGAUGAACAUGGGCUCUGGGCCAUCCACUCUGGGCCAGGCACUCAUAGCCAUUUGGUUCUCACAAAGAUUGAGCCGGGCACACUGGGAGUGGAACAUUCAUGGGACACCCCAUGCAGAAGCCAGGAUGCUGAAGCCUCAUUCCUCUUGUGUGGGGUUCUCUAUGUGGUCUACAGUUCUGGAGGCCAGGGCCCUCAUCGCAUCACUUGUGUCUAUGAUCCACUGGGCACUAUCAGUGAGGACGACUUGCCCAACUUGUUCUUCCCCAAGAGACCGAAAAGUCACUCCAUGAUCCAUUACAACCCCAGAGAUAAGCAGCUCUAUGCCUGGAAUGAAGGAAACCAGAUCAUUUAUAAACUCCAGACUAAAAGAAAGCUGCAUCUGAAGUAAUGUAUGACAGCUGGGAGAAAGAGCACUGUGGCUUCGGCAGCUGUUCUACAGGACAUUGAGGCUACAGCCCUUCACAAUAUAGUAUCCCUAAAAUCACACACAGGAAGAGUGUGUAGAAAUGGAAAUACAUAUGCAUCCUUUCCCAGAUGUCACCGCCUUAGGUAUCUUCCAAGAGCUUAGAUGAAAGCACGUCAUUAGGAAAGUUUCAACAAUGUCCAUUACUCACCCAAAGCUUCUGGCUCUCAAGGCUGACCACAUUCUGAUACAGCUUACUUCAAGCCUUCUCUUUUACUGCUCCCCAGCAUUUUGUAACUCUGCUUUCUUCCCUGCCACAAUUAGAGUUGUGUGCCAGUCCCUAAUACCACUGGCUUUUCUCUCCCUGGGCCUUUGCUGAACUCUUCCCUCUUUUUCAAAUGUCUAUUGACAUUCUCCCAUUUUCACUGGCCAACUAAAGUACUAUUAAUAUUUCUUCUGUUUUGCUUUUGAGACAAGAUCUCACUAUGUUGCCCAGGCUGCUCUCAAACUCCUGAGCUCAAGAGAUCCUCUUGCCUCAGCCUCCCAAGUACCUGGGAUUAUAGGCAUGUGCCACCACACCUGGCUUGAAGUACUAUUUCUUAUUGAGGUUUAAUCUCUAUUUCCCCUAGCCCUGUCCUUCCACUAAUCAAGGUGGGCAUAACAAUAAAGUAAAAAUAUUAACAUUUGAAUGUCACUUUCCAGGUGAAGAGUGUUUGCACAUCAUUUAAUUCUCAUUUCACCCUUGUGAAACAUGCACAAGUCUUUACAGCUGUCAUUCUAGAGUUUAGGUGAGUAACACAAUUACAAAGUGAAAGAGCUGGAAAAUACUACAAAUCCCUUAGUCUUUGCCCAAGGAAGCAUCAAAUAUGUACGUUUGUUCACCUGUCUUUUAUAGUCAAUGUGUUCACCAUUUCAGCCUAAAAAUAAUAGUCCAUCCCUUUAGCCAGUUUUCAUGUCUACACAAGCUCUUUCAAUAGGCUCUCAGACAAUAAUUCCUCCAGAAAACCAGUCUAAGGGUGAGAACCCCAACUCUAGCCUCCUCUUGUCUUGCUGUCCUCUUUCUUUUUGCUUUAAAUUCAAUAAAAGUCACACUGAGCAAAUCACCUCAUCAGGUUACAUUUGCCCACAUACCCUAGGCA